AUGGCCGCAGUCAAGCUCAUGAUGGCCGAGGGUGGCAUCCGAUGUCUCCGGGCUCCAGACGAUGAUGGCACUGCGCCGCCAACGACCGACAUGGCCAAGGUCGUUGCCCACCUCAGGUUGGACCCACUAGCCACUAUAUUCCAGGACGCACGCAAGGGAAAGCUGGCGGUGCGUUUUAUCGCCGCAAGUCUGCAGCCUCUACGUCGUUGCCAUGGUCAUCUCGGUACAAUCGAUCUCGCUGCGGAUUUCGGCCUCGACGCCAUGGCUAUCCAGGACGCUACCCUGGCCGUGAUCAAGCGGUUCUGCGCCUGCAGGUGGGGCGCGCCAGGCGCCCCCGCCGCUGCAGCGAUGGCGCCCGACCCUGUCCUGCUGCAGCGGGUCCAGAAGUCAGUGGAGGUUUUCGUCAGCGACGCGGCCGCCGACGAGAUCCGCGCGGGGAUGAUGCUAGCAGGGCAGACCGUCCGCGGGGAGGUGGCCAAGGUGCUACCGUGCCUCCGCGUAGUCCUUCACGAGAAGUCUCCAACAAAGCUGAUUCAGUACUCGGAGCAAUUCAGCGCGUGGUUCCAGAAGAAUAUUUCCGCCAUCGAGCCGCACCUCAGGGCCGUGGCGAAGCCGAGCAAUGCCGUGAAAGAUUUGCGGUAUGCUGGUCACCGUUUCGAAAGCGGCCAGCUGCCCUUGGCAAGAAGCGUGUUGUACUUUCCAGCUGUCAUUGCCACCUUGGUCCAAGUGGAAAAGACACGUCCGAACUCAAGUGCAGAAGCUAAGGCUGUCACCAACUUCAUGAAUGAACUGGACUCGGAGAAGGCAUUACAACUUGCAAUGCUUGCGGACGCGGGGGGGGAACACUAUCAGUUGAUGAGGCUCCUGGACUACGAGGGGUUCCCGGCCGACGACCUGUCCUUCAACUUGAGCGCCUUCGUCGACCGCGUGAGUACGCUCUUUGGGGCCGGCGGCCACCCGGCCAUGGCCGUGCAGACCGACUACACUUUCACUGGGCACAUGCUGAAGCUGCUGAAGCACCCCAUCAAACUGCCUGGCAAUGGCGUACAUGUACUUGGCUGUCCAAACGGCGUGGCCCCAGCGGUGCAAGAACGAUGCCUCAAACGGAUGAUCAAUUGGGUCGCGAGUGUCGUGGAUACGCUCAAGGCAGAGUUCCCCAGCUUCGAGACGAUUCAGGCUUGGGGCGUCUUCAACGUCGUGCAGCACGACAGGGAUAUGGGCGCGCACACCGAGGGCUCGGCGAACGUGCAGCGCCACAAGCAGAUGGAGCGCUUGAUCGAGGCCUUCGGGAUCGAGGCGACGGCAGACGAACUGGUGGGGCAGAUGGAGUCUGUGCGCCAUUUGGUGACGCGCGUGGCCGCGGAGCAGUCGCUGUCAUCGCGGGAUGCUUGGAUGCACGCUGCGGAGAUGGCCACGGCGAACAAACGCGGUGGCGUCCUCGAUACUUCGCUUUCUCCUCCAUCAAAGCUCAUGCAGGUGAUCGUUCGCUACUGGGCAGCGGGCGGGUCGACGAGCGGGGUUGAGCAGUCCUUCGGGAAGGGCUACAACCACCGCGUAGCAUCCCUGGGCAAUGACGCCUGCUGCGACCGCAUGGAGAUCGUCGAACUCGAGAAGAGCGACCUACCUCAAGUGCUGCAGAUGGCCACGGACAUCUGGAGCGACAUCUUCGGGCGGCCCCGAGCGUCCGGCAGUGGAAACAGGCAGCUGCGAAGCGACGCUGGCGGGCGACAUUUGCAGGCCCGACACGAGGGUUGCGAGGGCGGCUGGCGGCAAAACAAGAAGCGUCAGCUCGACGCUGCGGCGAGCCCGGGCAUGCUGAAGUCCGUCCACGCCGUGGAUCCAGGUGCGAUGCUGCAGCCUGAGACGUGGACAGAUGAGCAAUCCAAGGAGAUGGUUUUCGUCCACGCCAAGAAGUGUCAACGACUUUCCGAGGAGGCCUGGGCAGGCAGACUCGGAGCUCUAGAGAACGCCUCGGUGGGUGAGCUUCAGAAGGUGGUUGCGUUGAUGGAGAAAAAGGUCACCAACGACAAGCAAUACAUCGGGCGCGCCUUAAAACGGCGUCGCGCGGCGGCUGGACCGCCCGACAUCACGAUUGCAGAUAGCAACAUCUAUGUCGCUCCUGACGCGCCGGUGACAGCGGCAGUCGUCGCAGCCAAGGCCCGCGAGGCCAACUUCACUCGGACCACCGCUUCGGAGGCAUCCAUAUUCGUGGUCAAGGAGGUUCAGCAGCCUGCGAAGUCAGUGCUCUGGAAUGCUGCGUUGAUCGGUGGCGCGGUCUGCACGUGGGAGCGCGUGGUGGCGGGCGCCGGUCCAGUAGUGGUGUGCAGAGCAGCGCUGUCCUCGCAUAGGAUUGUCUACAUGUCCGACGCCUUCUUAGCGGAGUGCCCCCGGCUCGCCGCUCUGAUAGUCGAUCGCGCGGGUAGCCGCGCUGUGAGCAAGUGGAAGUUCACCAGCGACCUGGUGCAUAUCACGGCCAGGGCGGCCAAGACGCCCACAAUUGCCAUAGCCCUUUUAGGCUCGGCUGAAUCAGGCGCUGAGGUGUGCCCAGGCGUCAGGGAGGCAUUCGACGCUGCCGCGAUGCUCGAUUUCAUUUCACGCCGUGAUGAGGCGAAGCGGGUGGCGACCGCGAAGGCGAAGCCGAAGGCUAAGCCAUCCGCCAAGGCCGCGGCGGCCCGUUUCAUGGCGCUGAAGCCGCUGCUGCCGGGGCCGCCGCCGACUGGGCCCAUCGGCUACGCCAGCGACUGUAGUGGCCUCGACGCUGGCGCUUUUGCCCUUCGGCACAUCACCCCCUUCAAGCGCCACUUCGCCUCCGAGGUGGAUCCAGUGUACAUGCGAAUCUUGAUGGCUACCCAGCCGCGCGUCAACACAGUCUUCGACGAUGUGGUUGCACGCGACCCUCAACAACUGGAGAUGUUCGUGGGCAGAGUCACUAUCUAUACUGCUGGCUUCCCAUGCCCGACAUAUUCCAAGCAGGGCAACCGCCAGGGCGUGGAUGACCCCUCUGGCGCAGGGCUCGUGGUCUUCUACGUGGCGCUCACCUUUGGCAAGCUGGUCCCAGACAUCUUCGCCCUCGAGAAUGUCCCCGAGUUCGCGACCGACAAGAAGUUCAAGAAGCAGUUCGAUGUGACCAUGCGCAUCCUCUACGAGUGCGCGGACGGCAUCUACAAUAUUCACUGGCACAUCUUGAACUCCAGGGACUUUGGCGUGCCCGCCGCAAGGCGGCGCCUCUACAUCGUGGGGAUUCGUCGGGAUCGGCAGCGCGCUGAGUGGAGUUGGCCAACUGGUAGCCAGACGGUGUCCCUCACUUCCAUCCUUGACCAGGACUCGCCCACGGAGAGGCAGAAACAUGCAUCCUUGUUGGAGUUGAAGCCUUACCAGUUGCGCAAUCUAGUCGCUGGGCCCAUCCUUCGGCAUUUCCGUUACCUCGACGAGAUGCCGACGAUCACCAAGAAGCGCGCCAGGGAGCUCCAGUGGUUCACCACGAACCGCGGCGGCUUGAUCCGCGAGCACGAGCUGAUGAAGUGCCAGGGCUUUGACCCGCAUGCAAUCGUCGUGCCGCCCGAUGUCAAUCGCUCGCGGCUCCGCGAGAUGAUCGGCAAUGCUUACACGGUCACCGUGAUGAGGGACCUUUUCAGGAAAUCCCUACGUGGCGAGCAUCCUUUCUUCUGGCUCAACUUGCGUUACGAGUCGCAGCCGAACGUGCCGAAGCACUGGAACCGCAUCGAGAACCUUCGCAGCCACUUCUGGCAGACGCCUAAAAGCUACCCAGACACUAUCACCGUCGCUCACACGCGGGGCGACGAGCUGCCGCACCUUCGGCAUGGUCAACUCCAGGCGGUCUGCAUGCCUGAGAUGCGGGACGCCCUGCGCGUGGCCAUAAGCAUGGCCGCCGAGGCAACUGACAAUCUCGACGCCAUGCGUGAAUGGCGCGAGAUGCUGCAGUCAAUCCCCGUCCGCUUCAUGGUGGUGGACCCGGGGCACUCCCUCAACGUCACCUUCCAGAUCUUGGUGCAGGGGCGGGAGGACCUGGCGGUUAAGCAUGAGAACAUGCGCACGUCCAACCUCCUCCGCUCGUACGAGAUCAUCGACUUGAAGAAGCAGUUGGAGGAAGGUGGACAGAAGCAAAACAAAAAAUCAUUGGCGGAUUACUACGGCAAGCUCACCAUGGCCAAGUCCUCGGAGAAUGUGACGCCUACGUUCGUCGAGAAUUGUUUUACACUUCACAACCAAGUGCUGAUCGUGAAAGACGGGAGCGGCAUCUGCUUCCGCUUCGAUCAGCUGGGCAACGAUAACCCCAUGGACAGCGUGCUGAAGUACAAGGAGGUCGGCAGCCAAUGCGACAAGAAGAGUACGCUCAUGAUUAGGGCCUACGAGAUGCUGUGGGACCACUGGCAUUGCACUGACGGCAAGGAGGCGAUCCCACUGCGUUUGCUCGAGGGCAAGGUCCAGGGCUGGGGCAGCAAGUCCAUCAUCGAUCUCUUCGUCUUCAAGCGUGCGCUGCGCGACUCCCUGUGGAGGCGCCUUGAACAAUUUAACUGGGAUACCGAUGUGAAGACCGCCUUCAAACAGUUCACCGAGUCGGUCGUGACAUGCAGGAAGAGGUUCGGUGUCAUUCAGAAGCCCAAGAGGGAUCUCGACGGGGUGGCCACGGACCGCACCCUGCCCCACUCCUGGCCGCCCAGCGCCGGCCAACUGCUCCUCAUGGUGGGAACCCUUGUCUACGGCUACGAGUACGACGUGGCGAUGAUCAAGACCAUGGCCAAUAAGAGGACCUGCGAUGACUUCCUGGAGACCGCGGACGUUUCCCACAUGAUGUCAGAGCUGAUGAAGACGUACGAUGAUGAGAAGAAGGCUGCCCGCAUCGUCGACGACGCCGAAGCCGAUCCAACUGCAGCCGAGGAGGAGCAGGCGGCGCAGAACCUCAAGUUGGCCUUCAUCGCGAACCAGUCGCAGGUAGAGACCUUGAUAUGCGAUGCCGACAACGGCGUGGUCACCAUGGAGAGCGCCGACGUCGCCAAGGCCAAGUCGCACGCCCAACUGGCAGAGCGUCGGAUGCGGUCCAACGUGAAGCUCGUGGCCGCCACGUCCCAAGAAGAGAUUGCGCAGUCGAUCAAGGCGUCCGAGGCGGGCCAGGCCAUGGGCAAGGGCAAGUCUUACGUCGCCAUCGUGAUCGACGCCAAGACUUUGUGCGAGAGCCAGGACUGGGAGGAUAAGAUUGUCAAAGCUCUGAGCCCCAUGAAGCUCGAUGUGACCAAGCGUUAUGCGAUGUUCUCCCAGGAGUCGCUCGAGAAGCGUCUCAAUCGGAUGCACGGCAACCACACGCUGGAGCAGAUGGAGACGGUCCUCCUGCUGUCGUCGGAGAUGCCCAUCUUCAAGAUCGGGCCGCGCAAGCUGAGCCCGAAGGCGACCACGCGGGGCUACGUCAUCGGCCCUCUGGAUGUGGCAGACUGGAGCGACAAGGACGCCACGUGGACAGUGCCCUGGUCUGACAAGAAAGCGAUGUACAGCACUGAGAACCUGCCGCUGCCGGGUGGGAAUUGCGGCGUCGAGCACAAGAAGGACAAGGCCACGAAGGCGUCCGACCUCGUGCCCGCCUUCUGGCACGAAGGGCCUCCAGCUCUGGCCACGGAGGUGGCCCACCUGCCCCAGGCCACAUCGAUCAUCGAUCUCACCCCGGGCUCAGGACAUUGGGCAAUGUACGCAGUGCGCAAGCAGAUACCUUACCUUGGCGUGUGCUUCACUGACGCCCACGUCGAGUUGCUCUAUUCCAAGCUGCGCAGCAGGAUCCUCUCGGCGGCCAUGGACGCGAACGACCUCGACCUCUACGACGUGAACCUCUCGCCCCUAGUGACGUACACUCGGAAGGACGCUACGACGCCCACCAAGGACUCCAGCGGAUCUCAAUCUGCUAGCUGCGUCACUCCGGUGGCUGGUGGGAGCGCCCCCAUCGGCGGCAGCACUCCGGCGGCGGCUGUUGUCAAGGGCGCGGCGGACCGGCAGUCCUUGCUCGAUCGGAUCAACGCGAUGAAGCAGCAGUCCACUGCUGCGGCUGGCCAGGACAUCGAUGAUGAGGAGUGA